GCAUCGCUGAAGUAUUCCGAUGUUUUAUUUGUAUGGAGAAACUGCGUGAUGCACGACUGUGUCCUCAUUGCUCCAAGCUGUGCUGUUUCAGUUGUAUUCGGCGUUGGCUGACUGAACAAAGAGCUCAGUGCCCUCAUUGUAGAGCCCCGCUGCAGCUACGAGAGCUCGUAAACUGUCGGUGGGCAGAAGAGGUCACACAACAGCUCGAUACACUUCAGCUCUGCAAUCUCACAAAGCACGAAGAAAAUGAAAAAGACAAAUGUGAAAAUCAUCAUGAAAAACUUAGUGUUUUCUGCUGGACCUGCAAGAAGUGUAUCUGCCACCAGUGUGCGUUGUGGGGAGGAAUGCACGGAGGACAUACUUUUAAGCCACUGGCAGAAAUCUAUGAGCAGCAUGUCACAAAAGUAAAUGAGGAAGUGGCAAAGCUUAGGAGAAGACUCAUGGAAUUGAUCAGUUUGGUGCAAGAAGUGGAGAGGAACGUGGAGGCAGUGCGAAGCGCGAAGGAUGAACGAGUUCGGGAAAUCAGGAACGCAGUGGAGAUGAUGAUUGCCCGGUUGGACACUCAGCUGAAGAAUAAACUUAUAACAUUAAUGGGUCAAAAGACGUCUCUUACUCAAGAAACUGAACUUCUGGAAUCCCUGCUUCAAGAAGUAGAACAUCAGUUGCGAUCGUGCAGUAAGAGUGAGUUGAUAUCCAAAAGUUCAGAGAUCCUGAUGAUGUUCCAGCAGGUUCAUCGGAAGCCUAUGGCCUCGUUUGUCACUACUCCUGUUCCCCCAGACUUCACAAGUGAAUUGGUUCCAGCCUAUGACUCAACUACGUUUGUCUUGGAAAACUUCAGCACAUUGCGUCAGCGAGCAGAUCCUGUUUACAGUCCACCUCUUCAAGUGUCAGGACUUUGCUGGAGAUUGAAAGUUUAUCCAGACGGAAACGGAGUAGUACGGGGCUACUACCUGUCUGUGUUCUUGGAGCUGUCUGCUGGAUUGCCAGAGACAUCCAAGUAUGAGUACCGUGUGGAAAUGGUUCACCAGUCCACCAAUGAUCCCACCAAAAACAUAAUUCGAGAGUUUGCCUCCGAUUUUGAAGUUGGAGAAUGCUGGGGUUACAACAGAUUCUUUCGUUUAGACUUGCUAGCCAACGAAGGCUAUUUAAACAGGCAAAAUGACACUGUGAUCCUGAGGUUCCAAGUACGCUCGCCGACCUUCUUCCAAAAGUGCCGAGAUCAACACUGGUAUAUUGCUCAAUUGGAAGCAGCUCAGACGAGUUAUAUCCAGCAAAUAAAUAACCUUAAAGAAAGGCUUGCGAUUGAACUUUCCCGGACUCAGAAAUCACGAGGCAUUUCACCUCCAGACACUCAUCUUAGUCCCCAGAACGACGAUGGCCCAGAAGCAAGAUCAAAGAAAUCUGGACAAAGCACUGAAGUACUACUUGAGAAUGUUGCUGCUCCAGGAUUAGUGCGAGAUAGCAAGGAAGAGGAGGAAGAGAAGGUCCAGCAUGAAGACUUUAAUCAUGAGCUCUCUGAUGGUGACUUGGAUAUUGAUCUUGCUGGAGAAGACGAGGUGAACCACCUUGAUGGUAGCAGCUCUUCAGCUAGUUCGACAGCAACUAGUAACACUGAAGAAAAUGAUAUUGAUGAAGAAACCAUGUCUGGAGAAAAUGAUGUGGAAUAUAGCAGUAAUAUGGAGUUGGAAGAAGGAGAUCUCAUGGAGGAUGCAGCAGCUGCUGCUACUCCUGGAGCAUCAGGUACUAGCCAUGGCUACACCAGUGCAAGUGGAAGACCUUCAAGGCGGGGAAGUGCCCUAGGCUCAACAGCCAGUAGCAGUUUACUAGAUAUAGAUCCCUUAAUUUUAAUCCACUUGUUGGAUCUAAAAGACAGAAAUGGUAUGGAAAACCUUUGGGGCCUUCAGCCACGUCCUCCUGCCUCUCUUCUGCAGAACAGAGUGUCAUCCUAUUCUCUAAAAGAUCGAGAUCAACGGAGGCACCAGGCCAUGUGGCGCGUGCCACCUGACUUGAAGAUGCUGAAAAGACUUAAAACUCAGAUGGCUGAAGUUCGAAGUAAAAUGUCUGAUGUAAAAAACCAACUAUCAGAAGUGAGAAGCAGCAAUGCUGGCUCAUGUGAUGGACAGCCCAGCUUCUUCUCCAUCGAGCAAGGUGCUUUAGCAGCCUGUGGGACGGAAAGCUGCAGCAAGUUGGAAGAACUAGGAAUGGAACUACUGACAAAGCCUUCAGUUACCAGUUGCUACAUAAGGAAUUCUGCAAGUAAGAAAAGUCAUUCACCCAAACCCGUUCGCUCUGGAGCGGCGGGUAGUCUGUCUUUGCGAAGAGCCAUGGACUGUGGGGACAGUAAUCUUCGUGUGAAGGGAGAUGGUCAAACUUCUGAAGGUGGCAUUGGGAGCUCGAAGUUGGGCAGUCGGCAUCACUCUGCCAGGCCCUUGGCUAACAGCAGCGCUUCUGAGCCGCUGCCUAAGCCAGAGGAAAGGCCUUGUGAAGGUUCAGAUUCCGACGCGGGAGUUCCUGGCCUAAAUGGCUUAGCUGCCGUAGAGAAGACCAGAAAAGUUGGUGCUCUAGGAUCAAAUUCUAAAGGAUGUCGUACAGAAGGAGCACAGUCAGGUGGCCUGGAAAACAACUCUGAAGCUGGUGAACUGCAGGGUAUGCUUUCUGAAGGUGCUUCUGCAGGGCCAGAAGAAGCUGGGGUAUGUCAGAAGCAUGUCCUUCAUCUCCUACCAGGAAUGAGCAGUGACAGUGACAUUGAAUGUGACACAGAAAACGAAGAGCAGGAGGAUGCCACCUCUGCCUCGGAGGGGUUUAACCAUGCCUUCUCUGUCCAGUCCUCAAGCGAAGCCUCAGAGCGGUGCUCAGUGUUCCCAGAGGGCGAUCAAGUCGGUCCUGAUGAUCUCAGCUUUGUUCCUGGAGAAGACAGCACCAGGUAA